AUGUUGAGUUCGUGGGCGAAAUUAGACUGUUAUGAACUUGAUUUCAACCUUGGAUUGGGCAAACCUGAGUCUGUGCGGAGACCGCAAUAUGAGCCGGUCGAGAGUUUGAUAUAUCUAAUGCCCAGGGCGCUGGAUGGCGAGAUCGCGGUUGGGAUUUGUUUAAGGGAUGAGGAUAUGGAGAGGUUGAAGGCGGAUGAGGAGUUUGCGAAGUAUGGCAGGUAUAUCGGGUGA